AGUGAGCUAGCGUGCUAGCCAUAGCUUGUUAGCGACGAGUGCCAGCGGCGGAUGGACGCAGCCAGUCUCCGCUGAUGGUGGCUCUGGUUCAGAUAGCUAGCUGUUCGCUUAGCCGGUUAGCUACUCCUGACUUGUUCGCGGAGGGGACGUUAGCCGCAUUCCCGGUUAGAUUCUCGUGAAUUAACUGGACAGAGGAGAUGAAUCAAGAGGACAGAUUAAUCCCACUGCUGACAUGUUUUCAUCUGAGCCCACGGAGCUCACUGGCUUGAUACAACAUCCAGGGUCUAGCUAGCUGUGGCUAGAUGGUAGCCCACGGUGAUGGGUGUUUUUGGGCUGUUUUGGCAUCAUCUCAGGGGCUUCAGCGGUAAAAUGAGUGUCGCAGUUAUCCAUGGGAUCCCCGAGGCGGGUGUUAAAGGCAGACAGGCUGACGUGAUGACGUUACCGGGAGAAGCGGCUCUCCUGCGGGCUGACAGCUGAUGGAGAGGAGUCCCUGCUCCUCCUCUCACACACACGGCCGGGGUCGUAUGAGGAGGACGCGGAACCCAGAGAUGACGCACUGAACUGGACAGAAACCUUACCAACUGGAUGGCACUGGGACGGAUGAGUCUACAAGAUAAAGAUUUACCCUUUUUUUAAAAAAAAAAAAAAAAAUGUGGAUGUUUGGUCAUCGGCUGAUAUGAGUUUGGAUUCUGCCACAGUGAUGGAUUUCUAAAUAGUCCCCUCAUCUGUUGCCUUUGUCAUCGAAACAGCAUCAACACGGUGAUCAAACAAGUCAAAAUGACCCGAAUGAGUGCCUUUUUCUAGUGUGAUAUCUCCACUCCAGCAAUGCUAAAGUCCACAGCUUUGUGACCUCAUUUGUGCUUUUGGAGACAUUUUCACAGAUCAACUUUUAAUCAGUAUUGCGAAUCGCCGAGAUAGCAGAGAAAAACAAAAAAGAAAAGUACUAUGCAGCGUUGUCGCUAUCUCACACCCGAUACCGAACCAGUAACCUCAGCGGAGGAGAGGCGCUCGUAACGACACCGACCCCUCCGAAGAAGAAGCCCCGAUCUCCGUCUGGGUACUUUUAUUCUAUCCACGGGGGGUGCAGAGAUCCGCGGGGAUGUUCGCCGCCGUGGAGCAUGGCCCGGUCCUCUGCAGCGACUCGAACAUCCUGUGCCUGUCUUGGAAAGGCCGGGUGCCCAAGAGCGAGAAGGAGAAGCCGGUGUGCAGGAAGCGCUACUACGAGGAGGGCUGGCUCGCUACCGGGAACGGACGAGGAGUUGUCGGGGUCACGUUCACGUCCAGCCACUGCAGACGAGACCGGCCAACCCCGCAGAGAGUGAACUUUAAUCUCAGAGGACACAACAGCGAGGUGGUCUUGGUGCGGUGGAAUGAGCCCUUUCAGAAACUGGCCACCUGUGAUACAGAUGGAGGGAUCUUUGUUUGGAUCCAGUAUGAAGGUCGAUGGUCUGUGGAGCUGGUCAAUGACCGUGGAGCGCAGGUGAGUGACUUUACCUGGUCCCAUGAUGGCACACAAGCUCUCAUCUCCUACCGUGAUGGCUUUGUCCUGGUGGGAUCGGUCAGCGGGCAGAGACACUGGUCCUCCGAGAUCAACCUGGAAAGCCAGAUCACCUGUGGUAUCUGGACGCCCGAUGACCAGCAGGUGUUAUUUGGUACUGCAGAUGGACAAGUGAUAGUGAUGGACUGCCAUGGGCGCAUGCUGGCCCACAUUCUGCUACAUGAGUCCGAUGGCAUCGUCAGCAUGUCCUGGAACUAUCCCAAUUUCCUGGUGGAGGACAGCAGUGAGAGCGACACAGACUCUGACGACUACUCCCCACCGCAAGUGCACAGCCAGAAACCACUGCUGACAGUCAGCUUCACCUCUGGAGACAUCAGUCUGAUGAACAACUACGAUGAUCUCUCUCCCACCCUUAUCCGCACCGGUCUGAAAGAUGUGGUGGUCCAGUGGUGCUCACAGGGGGACCUCCUUGCAGUGGCAGGGAUGGAGAGGACCCUCCUCUCCCCUGACCCCUCCUGUCCUCCCCCCACUAGGAACGCCAUUGUCAAGUUCUACAAUGUGCGAGGGGAACACAUCUACACACUGGACACGCCAGCACAGCGCCCCAUCACCACGCUUUGCUGGGGUCACCGUGACUCUCGUCUGUUCUUGGCCUGUGGUCCGGCACUCUACGUUGUGCGGGUGGAGCACCGCGUUGCCAACCUGCAGCUCCUCUGCCAGCAAGGCAUCGCCACAGCAGUGAAGGAGGAAAAAGAUGUUGCCAAGCUCACCAUGCCUUCCCGCCUCUGUUCUUACGUCACCACUGCUUUUGUCCCCACCAUCAAGCCCCCCAUCCCAGAUCCCAACAACAUGCGUGAUUUUGUGAGCUACCCAACAGCUGGAAAUGAGCGUCUGCACUGUACCAUGAAGCGUACUGAGGACAACCCUGAGGUUGGGGGGCCUUGCUACACUCUGUAUCUGGAGUACCUGGGAGGUCUGGUGCCAAUCCUCAAAGGCCGAAGAAUAAGUAAACUGCGUCCAGAGUUUGUCAUCAUGGACCCAAAGACAGAUGGGAAAACGGAUGAAAUAUACGGCAACAGUCUGAUAUCUGCAAUGAUUGACAGCUGUAACUGCUCCGACUCCAGUGACAUUGAGCUGAGUGAUGACUGGGUUGGCAAGAAAUCUCCAAAGAUAUCCAGAGGCAGCAAAUCCCCCAAACUCCCCAGGAUCAACAUUGAUCCCAGGAAAUCACCCAAACUAUCCCGUGCUACACAAGAGAUCUCCAGGUCACCACGGUUACCCAUCCGUAAACCCUCGAUUGGGUCACCCAGUCUAACACGGAGGGAAUUUCCUCUUGAUGACAUCACUCAGCAAAAUUACCUUGCUCAGGUCACAUCGAAUAUCUGGGGAACAAAGUUUAAGAUUGUUGGGCUGGCCACAUUCUUGCCAACCAAUCUUGGUGCAGUCAUCUACAAGACGAGUCUCCUCCAUCUGCAGCCCCGACAGAUGACCAUCUACCUGCCAGAGGUGCGCAAGAUCUCCAUGGACUAUAUCAACCUGCCUGUUUUUAGCCCAAAUGUCUUCAGUGAAGAUGAAGAUGACCUGCCUGUCACGGGCCCCGCUGGUGGCUCUGACGACAACCCGCCCUGCACUGUCAACAUCCCCAUUGCUCCCAUCCAUAGCCCAGCCCAGGCCAUGUCCCCUGCCCAAAGCAUUGGUUUAGUCCAGUCACUAUUAGCCAAUCAAAAUGUUCAGCUGGAUGUCCUUACAAAUCCCACAGCAAACCCUGCUGGGGCUGCUGCCGGUGGGUCAGACCAAAGCCAGGACACCAUCCUGACAGCCCAGUACACGGUCCCCUCCAGGUACUCCAGUCCUGGUCAGGUCAUCUUUGGGGGACUAGAAAUGGGUCGCCUAAUGGUGGGACCUCCACCUUCCCAUCAUCCUUCACAACAACAGCAACAACCACAAGGUCACCAUCAACAACAACAACAGCAGCAGCAGCACCACCAACAGCAACUGCAACACCAACAACAGAUACAGCACCACCAACAACAGCUUCAGCAGCAGCAGCAGCAACUCCAACAGCAGCAGCAGAUGCUCCAGCACCAACACUUACAACAGCAGCAGCAGCAGCUUCAGCAACAGCACAUUCAGCAGCAGCUCCAACACAUACAGCAGCAGCAGCAUCAACAUCAGCUCCAACAGCACAUACAGCAGCAGCAUCAACUACAGCAGCAGCAUCAGCUACAGCAGCAGCAUCAACAGAUUCAACAGCACCUGCAGCAACAACAGCAAAUUCAUCAACAGCAGUCGCAGCAGCAGCAUCAGCAUCAGAUGCAACAACAACAGCACCACCAUCAACUUCAGCAGCAGCUACAAAUUCAAAUCCCUGUUCCCUCCAUGUCAUCAGGACAGACUUCAGGUCCAUCUGUGCACCAGCUCCAGCCAGGAGCACUGCAGAUUCAGAUCCCCCAUCCACCUGCUGAUUUAGUGGUUGAGAGAGCAGUGGGGGGUGAACAUGAGCACCUGCUGAAAAUCAAAACCACUCGGUCAACUCCACAGCUGGCUGAGGGUGAUACAGUGGUGUUCAGUGCCCCUCUAGAGCUCAGCAAGAUGAACCCUCCGCCCCCCUACCCCGGCACAGUUGCUGCUGCUGUGGCUGCUGCAGCGGCAGCCGCCGCCUCGGCAUCAGGCCCCAGUGCAGCCUCCAGUGCUGCAGCUGGAACAGGAGGAGGCACCAGUGGGACUCCUCCCCCUGGUGACCUUUGUAUGAAGAAGGGAGAGUUCCAACUUUAUCCUUCAGGUCAGCAACAAGCGCAGUAUCCCACACCACUGGGAUAUGAGAGGAUAACGACAUUUGACAGCAGUGGGAAUGUGGAGGAAGUAUGUCGCCCUCGAACACGCCUUGUCUGCAAUCAGAAUGUCUACACACUCCAGGGACCUGGCAGCUCCGCCACUCUCAGGGUCACCUCCUCCUCAUCCUCCUCCUCCUCCUCAGCUGACAAGAAGAUCCAGCUGCCCUACACCUCUGCGACUCUCAACAGACUCACUGCACCUCGCUACUCCAUACCCAGUGGAGACCCACCCCCAUACCCAGACCCAGCCAAUCAGAACAGUGCUGUUGGCAGGACCCCUGGACAGAGGCUUGACAGCAGUCUGAUCCAUGCCACUCUCAGGAGAAAUAGCCGAGAGGCCGCUCUCAAAGUUUCCCAAAUGCUGGAACCACCCAGACCACUGCCUCCUAAGGCUAAAAACAGUAGUGCACUAGCAGCGUCGUUCCAGCAGAGGGUGCCAACAGCCUUAUACACCUGUAGUCAGUGUAGCAGUGGAUCCAGUGUUGGAGGCACUGCUCCAGGGAGUGCGAAUGGAAUAGCAGGAGGAACUAUUAUCAGGCAGGAUUUCCCUCCAGGGACUGGGGCCCCACACAGCACAGUUAUCGUUCACUCCAACAGUGCUACUCCUUUGGCCUCCCAGUCCUCUUACAACCUGCUGAGCUCUCUUGAAGGAUCUGUGAAUGCAACAGGAGGAGGAAACAGAGACAGGGCUGAUUACGUUAAUUCAGCAUUUACUGAGGAUGAAACAAUGAACCAGUCACUGAGGCAUAUGGCGCUAGGAGGUAAUGAUGCAUCAGGGCUGGUUGUGAAACGCCCACCUCCUUACCAGUGGGAUCCAGCUGCCACCGAGGAAGUGUGGGUUCCUCAGGAACGGACAGCAACGCUGAAUCCCACUGGCCACCCCGGACCCCACAAACCACCCCCACUUAUUCUUAGCCCAGCUCAGCACUUGGAUGUGUCCAGGCUGCCUUUUGUUCUGUCUCCAAAGUCCCCCACCAGCCCCAGUGCUGCAUCAUUUCAGGCUGCUGCAGCAGCUGCAGGCUACCAAAUCUCUCUCCAGUACGCUCCAACAACUGCCUAUCCUGGAGCCCAGCUCCAGCCCAUCCCAAGUUCACCACGCCCCUGCUCCUCCCCAAAGGAGGUGGUGGCGCCAGUACCCUUCUCACAGCAAGAUGCAACCCUUGUCUUACCUCCAGGUUACCCUGCAAAUCUGGCAAACCUGGCCUGCUGCCCUCUCCCACCUAUGUAUCCAGGGGGAAGUGCUUGUGCCGGGCUGCCCAUUCCCCCCAUUGCUCUUCACACUCCUUGGGGUACAUAUAACUCUUGCCCGCCUAUGCCCAGUCCUGCAGUGCCACUACCACCCAAAGCCUCCCACAUGGCAAUAGAUAAAAAUGCCCUCUCGCCUCCUCCUCCGCCUCCUCCGCCACCACCUCCACCACCGCCAGCAGAGCUGCAGAGCCAUGGAGGAUUACAAGAAGCUAUGGGGGAGGCUGGAGAAGGUUUUCAGGAGGUGCUCUCCCUGACUGAGAGCCCAGUGCCGCAGCGGUCUGAGAAGUUUAGCAAGAAGAACCGCAAGCGAGUUGAUGGGCGUGCUGAGGAGGCCAAUGUGCCACCUUUGGCAGAAGGGAGCAAGUCAAAAAAAGAGGGCAGAGCUUUGGGUGAUUUCAAUUCACUCAUCUCCAGUCCACGGCUGGGAGGAAGGGACAAGAAAAAGCUGAAGGGACAGAAAGAGCAACAGUUGAAGGCCAAGAAGCUGAGUAAAGCCACUGCCAACAGUGAGUUCCAAGACAGUUCAGAAAGUGAGCCAGAGCUGUUCAUCAGCGGGGAUGAGCUGCUCAAUCAGUGCCAGAGCGGUAAGAAGGGCUGGAAGAGUAAGAGGAACCUGAGGGCUGCCAGUGAACUGGACGAGAUCAAGUGUCGAAAGGCCAACGAGAAGGAGGACAGAGGGCUGGGCAGCCAGGGAUUUGUGUAUGUCAUGGCUAACAAGCAACCACUGUGGAAUGAAGCCACGCAGGUCUACCAGCUGGACUUUGGUGGGCGUGUCACACAGGAGUCUGCCAAGAACUUUCAAAUUGAGCUGGAGGGCAGACAGGUGAUGCAGUUUGGCAGGAUUGAUGGCAAUGCCUACAUCCUGGACUUCCAGUAUCCCUUCUCUGCUGUGCAGGCCUUUGCUGUGGCUUUAGCCAAUGUUACCCAACGCCUCAAAUGAGUUGCCCCCUCCUUACUUACCCUGAGUUAUAUCUGGGAUUUAAAUGCAAUCUGUUGAAGGGGCACAGUUGUUUCAUUUGAGAUUAGUAAACUUUGAUUUUGGAGAGAAGACUAAAAUCAGCCCUGGUCAUAGAGCGUAAGAGGGAGAGAGAUACAAUCAUGCUGCACUACACAAUGCUGCCACUAGAGUUGGUGCAAUAAGCAUUGGCUGCAUUUUCCAAGGAUGCCCUCAGAUUUGCUUCGUUCGGCAGUCAGCGGCACCUUGCAAAGCAUGUAGGGCCAAAGAGCUGAGCUUUGGUAAUCAUCAUGCAAAUAAAUGCUGCUUUAGCUAGAAAAAGCUUGUAGACAUGAUAAAUGAUCGAUAAAGUGAGAGGGGAGGAGUUGUCGAGGUGCAGUUUUCAAAAGAAGCAGCAGUAAUACUUGAAAACCACACUCUGGAGAUAAAAUUCAUUUUUCUCCCAGAGCGCACAGGUACUACUGGGCACUGAAAUCCAUUGCUGUACAAAACUUCAGUGAAACAGUUACCACUUUAUUAUACUGCUUUUGCUUUUAGGGUUUUAUUAAAUGACUCAACAUGGUGGAGGGUAGGAGGGUCUUUUGUGUUCGCUCUCUGCCAUUCCUUUUGUUACUAUCUCAAUCUAUCUUUGCUGGAACUGAGGCUUAGAUAUAUGCAUUACUUAGGAGCACUACUAAGAGUUCACAUGUUUCACUGUUGUGAAAGGUGUGUCACUGUUAAAAACUUUGGAUUGUUCGAGGAGUAAAUAUAGAUGAGGUGAACUGCAGUCUUUUCCACAUGGUUUCCUGGGACUUUGAAGGAAGAAGAAAUGUUAACCCUGCUACAUGGAUUAAUUUAUAUGUACAUUUUGUUGUUUAUCUAUUCAAAUAUGAAUUUUAACAUUAUUGUCAUUGUUUGUGAUAUACAAUCUUCAUACCCUGUCAACAUGGUUUUCAACUUACCUGCUUUAUUUGGGAGACUGAUGGCUGAAUUUGAAUAUUGCUGUGUGGUCGGGAGGGGCGUGCAGAAUAGCUUUGACUGACAUAUCCUGUACUUGGUGAAAUAUCUACAUAUGGUGACACGGGCUCAAAAUAAGUCACUAAUACCUGGAUUGAACAACUCUGGCAUGAAGUGAUUUGUCACCUGCUGUCACUUCUGUGAAGUGAGUGUAGUUGGAAGAUGGGGGAGCUGUCCCUGCUCUUACAGACCACACUAAACAUGUAAGCAAAGGUACAGGAAAUAUUUUUGUAUAUUUCACCAAUGCCAUUUCAUACUCUCUUCAGAAGUCAUGUAAAUACAUAUCAGUCAUAUGUAAAUGUUGUAAAGAGACAUGGGUGACUUUGACAGAUGUGUUUACACCUGU